GCGCGCUAGUGUGCGUACGAUCGAGCAAAGCUUCUGCGUCAAGGCGGGCUUGUUGUACAACAAUGCGAUCGGGAAAGCGUUCGUUUGCUUCGAGAUACCGUGGCCACAAGACGCUACGCACCUGUGCACCGUCGUCACAGUCGCUAAACGCUAAAGCAAAAUCGCCAAACACGGACCGCCUUAGCCGAGUUGAAAGGCGGGCUUAAGAUCGCUCGCUCUUGUGCUUCGUCGCGUUCGGUGCGCAAAAUGCCGUCGGCAGUGUAGUUCGAAUGUGAAAGAAAUAGCGCAGCGGGUGCAGUGAAAUUCAGUAACACUUUUUCGAUUGCUUUUAAUAAAACACAAAAAAAACGAGAAUACUAAAGUUAGUGAGUGAAUAACGCAAGAAUGUCAAAAAAGUAUGCAAAUGAUGUAAAAAGGUAACAACAUUUUAAAAAGAUUAAACAGAAGCGAUUAAGUAAACUAGUGAAACAAAAAAACGAGAAAAAAGUGCAACAAUUCAAAACAUAAGUGACUUAAGCCGAGUUAUAGAAAUUUCAACACAAAAGUGAAUUGAUGUGCAAAACAAAACAACAACAAAAAAAGUCAAAUAAAGCGAAGAAAGGAAAUAUGAAAGGAAGAAAAAAAUAAACCGCAACGAGCAGAGAUUAAAAAGUUAAGCGCAUUGUGCUGUGUGACGUGUAGAAUAAAGGAAGGUGGCAGAUAAGAAGAUGAAAGCAUGCAGUGUAUAAGGUGGAAGAUGGUCACAGAGGCAACAAACGAAAUGUCGAAAGAAUAACAAACAACCCAACCAUCUCAAAGCGCACCACCCAUACACAACCCGUCCGAGAAUGCAGGCACUGCACUAAGCUAAGCCCCGUUGGCAGUGAGUAGCAAAUGGAAGGUUUGGAAAUGUGAUGUGUGGUACGCGGAUUAAACUGGCAAAUGUCCGAAGGUCGCUGGGAAAGGCACGGGAUGCUGUAGCGAUAUAUGAUAUGCUGUGCCUGUGUCGUUGUUCCAUUGGGAGGUCUUUAAACCGUUUUGGGGUUGGGUUGUAACCGUUGUGUAGACGACUAAUUCGUCCCCAUCUCCCACCCCUACGCCGUUUUCAUGUGCUGUUUCGAAGCUAUGUGCGUGUUGUAAAAAUGGUUCUGCCUGUGAGUUUGCUAAAGAAAUUGAAAGAGAAAGAAAAUUUUACACAACAAAAAAGUGACAAGUGAUUCGUUAAACUCGGUGGAGAAAAAAAUAAAUUUGUUUCAACGCAGUGACUUAAACGUCACAGUAAGCAAAGAAGGUGUUGUGGUAUCGUUUCGUGUGGUACCGGUUCCAGCUUUGUGCUUCAUCGGUGGCAAAGGAAACGGUGCGUGAAAGUACGUUUGCUUCGAGACGUAAUUUAAACCAACAAUUCAGGUUGGGCUUGGCUAAGUGUGACACGCCACGCCAUGCCCACCGAAGGACCAACGUUGGACGAUCGCGGUCUAGCGACACUUUCCCGAUCGUCGCGUAUCGAUCAAUUUCUCGCCGGCAAUGUUGGACCACCGACUUCACCGACCGUACGAGGAUCUUCCGGUGGUUCCGGUAGUGGAAGCGCCCGUACACCUUCCUCCUCUUCCAGCGGGUACGAAAGCCAGCUGGCGUUCCAGCAUCACAUGAUGGCAUCCGGAGGUGGACCACCGCCCCAGCAUCAUGGUCGUGAAAGUUCCGCCUUCGUGCCUGUGCUGCCCUCGCGUGCCCUAAGGCCCAGCCUAUAUCCGGGCGUGCUGGAUGGUCCGCCCGAUGGCCUUACGAAGGAGGGCGUACCGAAGCGUGGUUCCAGCUACGAACUGAUGGCCAUGAUGGCCGACAAGCGGAAAGAACUCGCGCUCAGGGAGGCGGCCGCCGCAGCUAUGUUGCUUCCACGCGGUGGACCACCGGUACAGUCCCCAUCGGGUAUUUAUCCACCACCGGGUGCGUUUUUGGGUGGACCCGGCCCUUCACCUACGUCCGCCGGUACGUUCACGUUUCCACCGGCGGGCGUUGGGCUGUAUCCACCGGGCGUUCCACCCGGCAUGCAUGCCGGGCUCGAUCGAAGACUGUUGCGAGCGCCCGGACGUGCAUCGCGACCGAAGAAACAGUUCAUCUGCAAGUUCUGCAACCGCCAGUUCACCAAAUCGUACAAUCUGCUUAUCCACGAACGGACACACACGGACGAGCGACCGUACUCGUGUGACAUCUGUUUGAAAGCGUUCCGAAGGCAGGAUCAUCUACGUGAUCACAGAUACAUCCACUCGAAGGAAAAGCCAUUCAAAUGCACCGAAUGCGGCAAAGGUUUCUGCCAGUCGCGGACGCUCGCCGUACACAAGAUCCUGCAUAUGGAGGAAUCACCCCACAAGUGUCCAGUGUGCAAUCGGAGCUUCAAUCAGCGUUCCAACCUGAAAACACACUUGCUCACCCACACGGAUCACAAGCCGUACGAGUGCAACUCGUGCGGGAAAGUCUUCCGCCGGAACUGUGACCUACGACGCCAUGCACUGACGCACACGGUUGGGGACGUCCCGUCGGAAGCGCUCGAUGUUGGGGUGGAUGAUGACGGUCAUCAGCUGAGCGGGGAUGAAGAUGAGUCGGUACUGGAGGUGGACUCACCCGUACACUCACCGGCGGGACGGCAUCGAUCGGUAUCGCCACCGCUCGAUAUGCCAGUGUCGGCGGAACUUGACGAUGAUGAGCGGGAAGAUGACGAACGGCGACCGGAACUGAAUAAACGUCGAGCCGUACACGACGACGAGGAAGACGAGGAUGACGACGAGGAAGAGGAUGACCUGAUCAGUGUGGCGGGACAUGAACCCGAUCCAACGCCGGUUGUACAGUGUCACCAUGAACGACCGAUGGGUUCAAAGAGUCCGUACACGAUGCGUCCACAGUACGAUCACGGUAGUCGCUCUUCGAUGUCUUCCCAAUCUUCACAGCAUUCCAGCUCGAUGCAUCCCUCAGUACAUGGGGAAGAUUCGCGCGACAGUGGACCACUCACGAUGCCACAUCCAUCCACACACGCACCAGAUGUUUUCGUUCCGAUGCUUCAUGUAAGACGUGAUCUCCACCACAAGAUGGGACUGAUCGGACGUGCGUCAGCCACCAUCACGAGUGGAUCUAGUGGAGGACUUCUGGACAAUGGGGCCAGUUUUCUCAGUCACAUUCCACUACGUAAACGCGCCAUGGGCCCUGACGGUGAACCUCAUCCAAUAAUGGGCCGCAGUUUGCAUAUGGCUCCUAAUGGUCGUGGACAUCACAAGAGUCACCUGGUGGAGGAUGUACACUCCGGACCACCGGACUCACCGCACCGUGAACCAAUGCCUCUCAUGUCUCCCUCCGUACCGGCUGCCUCUCCGGUGCUGCUUUCACCCCAUCUUCCGCCGGGUCUUGCGCUGCCACCGCCACCACCUCCACCCGCCGUACCCAGCUCGAUGGCGGUACCAAUCAAUCUGGCAAACCUUUCGAACCUCCCCGUCGUGUUGCCACCAGCACCAACUUCGUCGAGUUCAUUAUCGGGCAGCGGAGUUGGUAACACUUCAGCAGCCUCACCACACCACCAUCAUCCGGCAGUUAUAGCAUCGCAAGUGACAACCUCCAGUACAUCGAAAAGUGGUGCAUCAGCCACUGCUUCUCCGUCCGCAACGAGCACAGCACCUCAGGUAGUGGCACCACCACAACAACCACCACGCAAAACGGGCUUCAGUAUAGAGGACAUCAUGCGUCGCUAGUGCCCUACAGUACUAGUGUCACCGGUGACGAACAGUACAAAAUGGAAAAACUUCUGCUUCCGAAGACGCGUGGUACAAGUAUGCAUCUCUCCUAGUAUAGAUCCAUCGGUUCGACACCAAGUGUCGAGGCCGGUUUCUUCUUCUCAUGUGAAUGUGUUUCCAAGAGCGGUAGACAGCAUUAGAACAACUUUUCCCAACUAAGUGCUGGUAGGUUAUGUUACAGCUAAGCUAAGCUAGAGAGGUAAUCCCAACAGUGCCUUUACAUGAUGAUCUGCAGUAUAUAGUGUGUAGCUAGAUGAGCAAAACGGUGGUAUGGCCGUGUUUUACUUCCAGUAACAUAUAAGUAUUUCGAAUAGAUAAACAUUAGGGAAGUUCUUCCAAGAUACGGUAAUCUGAUAGGUUAUGUACAGGUGAGUCUCGCACUUAAGAACCCAGUUCCAGAGGAUAAGCUAAGAAAAUCUGAUUCGGUAGUGAUUCUCUCACAUCCGGUUCCCGGUAGUUCAGUUCCGGGGCUUGAUAGCGUGGCCAACGUAGAGCCAAAAUGGCAGUUGUUAGUGAUAUAUUACAAUGUAAGUACGACGUCGAAGUAGAAACCUGAUCCGGUACCGAAACCGUUCAGCAAACGCCUCCUUAUGCCCCGCGGGGUAGUUUAGAUUUCAGUUACUGACCUGUUUAUGGUCGGUUUACAACAGUUCGGGUUUAGUAUGCAUUUAAAGCUAACCAUAAACACACACACCGAAUGUCUGAAUGAUGGAGCCAUAUUCAAUGUCCCUUUUAGGGGUGCUGUACAGAGGCCCAUCUUGUCAUUUACUAUGUAGAAGUAUAUAGAGGUUAUCAUAUGUCAGGAACUGUUAUGUAGCCAGGAAUAACGAUAAACAAUCCUAAUGUAAGUUAUUUUGUGAUUCGCUCGAACAUGUAAAAUACCCUUUGACUCGUGCGCUCAUUUGGAGCUUUUAACUAGACUUUAUAAGGAAUGUAGAUCAUCCGAAUGAUUACGCGGCGCAAGAUGGAGAGAGUCCACAAAUCGUACAAUCAUUUUCAUUAACUGUAUUAUGUUUUAUCUUUCCCCUCAAUGUCUUGAAGCGAUCGAAAUAAAGGAAAACAUGAUUUUUCAAAACGUAACAA